CGGCCAUGUCGGAAGUGACCAGGAGUCUGCUGCAGCGGUGGGGCGCCAGUUUUAGGAGAGGCGCCGACUUCGACUCUUGGGGCCAGCUGGUGGAGGCGAUAGACGAGUAUCAGAUAUUAGCAAGACAUCUACAAAAAGAGGCCCAAGCUCAGCAUAAUAAUUCUGAAUUCACAGAAGAACAAAAGAAAACAAUAGGCAAAAUUGCAACAUGUUUGGAAUUACGAAGUGCAGCUUUACAGUCCACACAGUCCCAAGAAGAAUUUAAACUGGAGGAUUUGAAGAAGCUAGAACCAAUCCUAAAGAAUAUUCUUACAUAUAAUAAAGAAUUCCCAUUUGAUGUUCAGCCUGUUCCAUUAAGAAGAAUUUUAGCACCUGGUGAAGAAGAGAAUUUGGAAUUUGAAGAAGAUGAAGAGGAGGGUGGUGCUGGAGCUGGGUCUCCUGAUUUCUUCCCUGCUAGAGUUCCCGGUACUUUAUUACCAAGGUUGCCCUCAGAACCGGGGAUGACGUUACUCACUAUCAGGAUUGAGAAGAUCGGUCUGAAAGAUGCUGGGCAGUGCAUCGAUCCCUACAUUACAGUUAGUGUAAAGGAUCUGAAUGGCAUAGAUUUAACUCCUGUGCAAGAUACUCCUGUGGCUUCAAGAAAAGAAGACACAUAUGUUCAUUUUAAUGUGGACAUUGAGCUCCAGAAGCAUGUUGAAAAAUUAACCAAAGGUGCAGCUAUCUUCUUUGAAUUCAAACACUACAAGCCUAAGAAAAGAUUUACCAGCACCAAAUGUUUUGCUUUCAUGGAAAUGGAUGAAAUUAAACCUGGGCCAAUUGUAAUAGAACUAUACAAGAAACCCACUGACUUUAAAAGAAAGAAAUUGCAGUUAUUGACCAAGAAACCACUUUAUCUUCAUCUGCAUCAAACUUUGCACAAGGAAUGAUCCUGACACGAAUGUCCUGGAACGUCUGUGAACUUUACCACUCAGUCAAAACCAUCAUAGCUCUGUGUAGCAUAUUCACCCUUCAACAAGCAGGAAGUGAGCUGUACCCAUGCCAGUAGGCCAGAGUAAGUCUGAUGCACAGCUGUGCCACAGAUUUUCAAGUCCAGCACAUCACUGACAUCAAAGACUCCUUUGGAUAUGGGC